CCAGUCCUUUUUUAUGACCAUCUAUUUAUGCCUGCUGUUGCCUCUGACUUUAAAAACAAAGAAUCAAAGGGCAGAACCACAGCAGUCAGCGCUGAGAUACAGACUUUCAUAAUAAGUUAAGCAGGUCGUCUCUUCAGUUUGAUCCAACACAAGCCAACAUGAUCUCAGUAUUCCUGCUGGUGCUCUGUGUCGUCUUCCUUCUUCUUCAACUCAAACCUCAGAGACCCAAGAACUUCCCACCUGGACCCCCCAGUCUGCCUGUACUGGGGAACCUUUGGAACCUGAACCUGAAGAACCCCUUAAAAGACUUUGAUAGGUUGAGGAAGUCGUAUGGAAACGUCUACAGUCUGUUCUUGGGUCAGAAACCAGCUGUGGUCAUCAAUGGGUUUAAGGCCAUGAAGGAGGCCAUGGUGGUCAAAGCUGYUGAUUUYGCUGGUCGACCCMAAAACAURUUAAUUACUAACRUCRCYGAUARYAAAGGUGUGAUUUUGGUUGAUUAUGGGUCUCUGUGGAGGGACCAUCGGCGCUUUGCUCUCAUGACUCUGAGGAACUUUGGUUUGGGAAAGAAGUCAAUGGAGGAAAGAAUCCAUGAAGAGAUUCAGCACAUAAUUAAAACUCUAGAUGACAACACUGGUAAAACUUUGAGUCCUCAGUUCAUGUUUCACAAUGCAGCCUCCAACAUCAUCUGCAAGGUUCUGUUUGGAAAGCGUUACGAGUACGAAGACGAGACGAUCAAAAUUAUUGUCAGGUGCUUCACUGAGACUAUCAAAAUAGCCAAUGGACCGUGGGCGAUGAUCUAUGACUCAUUUCCUUUGAUCCGUCCCCUCCGGUUGCCCUACAACAAGGCCUUUCAGAAUGUGGAGACUUUUAUCAAUAUUUCAAGACGUUUGGUGAAUGAACACAAGAAGAGCAGAGUCCCUGGAGAGCCGCGAGAUUUCGUCGACUGCUACCUGGACGAGCUGGAUAAGAGAGAUGAUGAUUCCACUUUUACUGAGGAACAACUGACAAGAAUGACCUUUGACCUCUAUGUUGCUGGGACGGACACCACCUCCAACACCCUGCUGACCGGGUUUCUGUACCUCAUGGUUUACCCUCACAUUCAAGAGCGAUGCCAGCAGGAGAUAGACCGGGUGCUGCAGGGACAUGACCAGGUCACGUUUGAGGACAGGCACAGCAUGCCUUACAUGCAGGCUGUGAUCCAUGAGAUCCAGAGGAUUGCCAACACGGUUCCUCUCAGUGUCUUCCACUGCACCACGAAGGACUCAGAGCUCAUGGGAUACUCCAUUCCUCAGGGAACAAUGAUCAUCCAGAACCUGGACUCAGUGCUGAGAGAAGAAGGACAGUGGAAAUUCCCUCAGGAGUUCAACCCUGAAAACUUCCUGAAUGAACAGGGAGAGUUUGUCAAACCUGAGGCCUUCAUGCCUUUCUCUGCAGGUUCUCGGAUUUGUCUUGGAGAGAGUCUGGCUCGCAUGGAGCUCUUCCUCAUCAUUGUGACUCUGCUGAGGAGGUUUAAGUUCGUCUGGCCGGAGGAUGCAGGAAAACCUGACUUGACACCAGUCUUUGGAGGAACUUUGACUCCCAAACCUUAUUUCAUGAAGAUCCAGCUGAGAGAAAAUCAGUGAAGAUUUCAAAGGACUCAAUGACAAACCAAUACCAGUUUUAUUUGUGCUUUCAGACUGUUUAACUUCAGGUGCUACAUGACAGUUGUUCCAUAAUCAGCUGGUUUGAAAACUGAUCAUUGAGCAAAUCAAUAAACAGAUUUAAAUUAAACUUUUCCUUAUUAUUAAAACUGUAUAGUUUCCCCAACUGAGUGAAACACAUCAGUCAUUAAUUAUAUAUUUUUUAAAUAAAAGAUAUGAGCAGUUUUAUUAAAUUAUGUAUAUUUCAUUUAAGAAUCUUAUUGUGUGAAUGGGAUAGUAUUAAGUUUCAAAUAAACCUUUGACGUACGAUGGCACCACCUGGUGGUCAGACAUGAAACCAGCAACAGAAAGUCGGUCUCUUUCAUUUGCAGAAUAAUUUCAGAUUUCAGCUCUGAAAGUUUCUAAAUGCAGGUUUUGAAGAGCGACGUGUAGGUUGAAAAAUCACAACCAUACUGCUAU